AAAAAACUAGACUUAAACAUCUGGAAAUUAUCUGCGUAGUGAUUGUAGUUUAUCUCCAGUCUGUAGUAGAUGUUUAUUACAAGUUUAGUUGUUUUUUUUGUGUCUACCGCUACUUGAUAUUUGGACAAAAAUAACAUUGAGUGUAAAACAUCAUGUGGUACUAGAUUGAAAUCGCAAUCCCCACGGAUUAUGGGGCGGCAGACGUCUUAAGACCUACAGUUUCAGAACGUCGCGUCAUAUGGUCGCAAAUUAUAGCGGUCAAUGUUAAUAACAUCAUGGUACUGGCGAACGGCAUGGUAGCAGGAUAUCCGACCGUUCUCAUACCAAGCUUAUACGACGAAAAGAUAAACUCGCAGUCCGGCAUCACCGAAGACCAAAUAUCGUGGAUAGGUUCAAUCGGAUUUACGUGCUCACUGUUGGGAUGUCUGGUUUCUGGAAUGAUUACCCAACCGUUCGGGAGGGCAAGAGCUAUAAGGUUGGCGUGCCCGGUUUUAGUUGCGGCUUGGCUGAUCUUCCUCUUAGCCAACGAGAUGUGGCAAAUUUAUCUCGCUUUAUGUUUCUGUGGUUUAAGCAGUUCAUUGGUCGAAGCGCCUAUCAUAGCGUAUAAAGCGGAGGUAAGUCAACCGCAUUUAAGAGGAAUGUUGUCCGCUACAACAUCGUUAUGCUGCGUUAUUGGCGUACUCAUCCAGUUUACAUUGGGCACAUUCCUGCAUUGGAGAACAGUCGCUGCCAUUUCGAGCGCAUUUCCUCUUCUUGCCUUCGUUUUGUUAUUUUUUAUACCGGAAAGUCCGCAUUGGUUAAUCAUGCGUGGUAAGAAGGAAACGGCGCACAAAAAUUUAGCUUGGCUAAGAGGGUGGACUACACUGGAUGAAGUCGAAGGAGAAUUUCUAACACUAUGUGGCAGGUGCGAUACAGAACAAGAAGCGAAAGCAUCAAGCAGCAGAGAAGCUGUGCGCGGAAGUAUGUUUAAAAAGUAUAUGGAAAAACGAUUUCUUUGGCCGUUAAGUUUGGUGUGUUUCAUUUUCUUUUUAUCUCACUUUAAUGGUAGUUGUACAUUACAAACGUAUGCCGUGAGCAUCUUUACUACCAUGAAGGCUCCAAUGGAUGAAUUUUACGCCACUGUCAUGUUGGGUUUUACCCAAGUAGUUGGAUGUUUCUUGAGCUUGUUUGUGGUAAAGUACUGCGGAAAACGCGUAAUGGGAAUGGCUUCGCUUGGUGCUGUAGGAAUUUGCAACGUAGCCGUAGGUGCGUACGCGUUUAUUAUUGGUGUGCCAUACCUCAAGUGGGACGAUGAGGGUGCAACUUUCCAAAUGGCCCCGUACGCGUGGAUACCCUUAUGCUUACUAUUACUUCUGUCACUCAUUGCAAAUACUGGUAUCAGAGUAUUGCCAUGGAUUCUGUUGGGUGAGGUAUUUCCUCAUGAAACGAGAGCCACCGGUUGCGGUAUUGGCAGCGCGAGUUACUAUUUGUUCAUUUUUAUUUCUAACAAGCUCUUCAUCAUAAUGGUCAAUGCGAUGACGAUUUUCGGAGUGUAUGAACUUUACGCAGCCAUAAGCGUUGUAGGUGCUUUGAUAAUGUAUUUUGGACUUCCUGAAACCGAAGGAAAGGAUUUGGACGACGUGAUUGAUCACUUUUCGGAAGUGUCCAAAUUAGACAACAGAGUAAAGAAAAGAGAACAAUAAAACAGUGGUAACAAGUUUAGCCUAAUUCUUAGCUUAAAUUUAAUACUAUACACUUCCUUUUUGUGAUGAGUAUACUUCUGUACGGUGUACCUUCUUAGUGUUAUGUGUGCCUAACAAUGCAAAAUUUGUACUUAGCAUUAUGAUAAAUUCAAGCCAAAAUGUGUAGGUACGUAAGAAGUACAAAAAAAAAGGAAAUAUAUCACUAAUUUAAAUAAAUUUU